CUUCCUGUAGAGUUGCUACGGCGACCGCCGGCUGGGGAAUGAUGUCAUCUCAGCGCGCCCCCUCGCGCCUCGCUGGCAUCACAUCCGAAGCAUUUCCGGCGCGCCGAGAGAGCGGAGGGCGGGGCCGGGUCGGCAACGGGAUGGAGCCCGGGCGAGGCGGCGGCGGCAGAAGUGCGGUAGGAGGCCGCCCAGGCGGCAGGUGAGGCCCCCCUUCCGCCGGCGAGCGCCAUGCGGGCGGUCCAGGAACGCGGCCAGGGCCGCCUCCCGCCCAAGAAGCGAGAGCUGCCGCCGUCCGCCAGCGGGGGCGACGGCGACGAGCCGGCCAGGUUGGCCGAGCGCGAUCCGGCGGGGGAGGCCUUGUCGGAGCGGCCUCAGGCAGCGGCGGGCAGACCGAGCCGCGCGCCUUCGCGUUACACCGAGCCCGGGGACGGCGACCACCCCGGCGACGGCGACCACCCCAGGGAAACUCUGGGCAGCUUGACCGUGGACCAGUACGGCUUGUACAAGGUGGCCGCGCCCCCGACCACCUUCGCCCCCGUGGUGAACGUGAGUCCGCUGCCUGCUGCUUACGGCCUGACCUCGCAGCUGCUGCACCAACAGCAGCAGCAGCAGCAUCCCUCAGUCCCCUAUCCACCCAUCCAUUACACGCAGCUCCCUGCCAGCCCUUUGCAGUUUGUGGGGUCACAUUACUCACUGCCCUAUACUGUGCCUCAUGGCUUCCUCCCCAGCCACUUGCUGUCUCCUUCAGCUGGUCUCACCACCUCUCAUGUCCCUCACUUUGUGCCCUACGCACCAAAUCUCCUGGCCAGUGAGUCCUGUCCUACACAGGCGACCCACACUUUUGGCAAACCUUCUGCCUCUGUUUCACCCUCUGGCCCUUUGCAGCCUCAUAUCGGAGGCCACUUUCUGGACAUUUCGCACGGUCAGAUUCCAAUUUAUUACCAGAUGUCCCGUGUGCCAGCAGGUUACUCGACAUUUGAGGCUGCCGUUGGUCUGAACUCAGACCAAUCUUUGCAGGAGAAGCAGCUUGAUCUCAAAAGAUUCACAAUGAAUGGGCCACAAAGGUCUGCUGUGGGGGCAAAGGAGAGUGAAGCUGAAGGGCAGUGGCCAAGGACUGUUGAAGAGUACAGUGGAAGUACUCCGGUCUUGAGAAUGGAGGUAUCAGUGCCAUCUCAGCCAAGUACCCCAGACCUAGAAGUGCAGAGGGUAGUGGGAGUUCUCUCGGAAUAUCCUAUUUGUUCUGCUCAGCAGAAGGAUAACUUCAGCCCCCUUAACCUGUCUCAUCGUAAUGCUGCAGAGAAGAAAGAGGAGUCAGGGAGAAACGCGGUACAAGUUACUGCUGAGAAGAGCCAUUUGCAAAGACUCUCUGCGAAGUCUCCCGAGAAGCAACUCUGCUCUAGGCAAACUCUCAAAAGGUUGACUCUGGUCAAUGGCAAACUAGUCUUAGGACCCCUUCAGCCUACAGUUCAGGAAGGCCUGGAAAGAGUGAGCCCUGAUGUACCACCCCAAGAGAUGCAGCCGGAAGCAGCUUUUGCCCACUCCCAGGGCCACCUGCCCUCCCACUUCAUGAAAGGAGCUAUAAUUCAGUUGGCUACUGGAGAGCUCAAGCGAGUCGAGGAUCUUCAAACCCAAGACUUUGUGCGCAGUGCAGAGGUGAGUGGCGGCCUCAAGAUCGAUUCCAGCACAGUGGUGGACAUUCAGGAAAGCCCCUGGCAGGGCUUUGUAAUGCUACAUUUUGUAGUUGGAGAACAGCAGAGCAAAGUGACCAUUGAUGUCCCCCCUGAGCACCCUUUCUUUGUGUAUGGUCAAGGCUGGUCAUCAUGCAGCCCAGAGAGGACUGCUCGGUUUUUCUCCCUCCCUUGUCAUAAGCUUCAGGUGGGAGAUGUUUGUAUUUCCAUCAGUUUACAAAGCCUGAAUGGGAAGUUGGUUCCACAAAGUAGUUCUCAGGGCACUAUCCAAGAGAAGCCUGAGCAGAGUGGACUAAUCCUUCGGGAGUCACAAGAUCAAGUGAGGGAGAAGACUCCAUUACAGAGAAGAGUAGGAGUGUUAGGCUUAUCCCAGGAACCCCCCUAUCUGGAACCCAUUUCUGUAUAUGGCUGGGCAGGUCCCAGUUUUCAAAAAUUAGUGGAGGAGCCUCGUUUAUCCCUGCUUCGCCCGUCAUUUAUUCCCCAGGAAGUCAAGUUGUCCAUAGAGGGUCGUUCAAAUGCAGGGAAGUGAAUUCUGAUGGUGGGUGUAUCAGUGCCAUGCUGGAUAGUCUGGCCACUAAUCAGUUUCUCUUGACAACCAAGAGAUGUCCAGCUCCUCCAGCUGUGUGCCUAAACCAUUCUACCGGCAGAACUUCUUCCCAUCUUCCCCUGCUUUCUGCAAGGUGAGAUGAAGAGAGGGAUCACCAGGUCCCUUAAGACGCAAGCACUUUAUUGGACACUUGCUCAUAGGUAGCAAGAUGCUUUCAGCAAGAGAGAGAGAGAGUCAGUCACUGGGGGGGGCUAAGGGAAUUGUCCAGUCUUCUGCUCAGGUCUUGGUCAAGAUAUUUUGACUAAUUGGUCUGGGCACUGCAGUAGUCCAAUUUGGGAGUCUCCGCAUCUCCUCAGGGAGAUAUUUGUAUAUCUUAUUGUAUUGAGAAGAAGCAUCUAGCAAUCCCGUUCAGCAAAUCUGCUACCCAGUGCAUAGUUUUGUAACUUGCCACGUAGAGCUAUGGCCUUUUUUUAAUAGGGGAAGUAGAUAGAAGCAGAACAAGGAUUUGUGCUUAUUGGCAGACCCCUUAGUUUGCUGACUUCUGCUAUAACAUCCCUGCCUAACGAAUACUGUUCUUCCAUGAAAGCUGCAUUCCGUUUCUGCUUUGGCUGCCAGUACUUUCUCAAACAUCCAUUGCUGAGCCAGUGUUCAACUGUAUAGCUGUUGCUUUUGCAGGCAUACAAAGGCUAUGGUUGAGGAAAGUGCCCUUUAUCAAUUGCCGACUUCAACAGAGACUAAAAAGGGGUAGUAGACAUCAUAAGACUUGUAUUUUAGCAAAUAGUAAGUAAAAAUUGCAAGUGGCUGACAGUUUUAAGUCUGUUGCACUGAAAAUGAUGCAGAAUUGCUUCAUUUCAUGGUGCCAUGCUGAGCAUCUUCCUGUCUUGUUACUGUGCUCUUAGCUCUAGCCAGAGGUUUACUACGUUGCCUAGUUUGGUGUAAUGACAAAAUCUCCCUCCAAAACAGCUGUUACAACCACUACUACUAAUAAUUCUAAAUGGAUACCUUGGCUUAUUUCUCAUGGAUGUUCUCUGAUCCAGUGUGGCUUCAAUUCCACUGCUUGGCAAUUCUGCUAGGUCAGAGUGCUGAGUUUCUACAUCAGCCCAUCCCUAACUCUAGAUGAAAGGUGACCUUGCUUUCUCUGCCGGGUUCUUUGCUGUUUUGUCCCAAAGGCCCUGGCACUUUGCACUAUUCCUAGCCACCUUUUGUCCAACAUAUCUGCCUUUCUUAACUUCCUCUCAGGGUCCCCUGAACUUCCUUCGUGUGCCUCCUGACUAAUCUCUGUGCUCCUCUGUCUGAUGCCAGAUAAAGGGGCAGUAAUUUCAUGGCUGCAAACAAGUUUAAUCCUUUCUCUCAAAAUGGGUAGCUGUCUCCAGGUUGCAAUGCAAGUUGUCCAUAGUUGUUGAAACUUAGCCCCUCAAUUUUGGACAGCUCAGCCAUGUGGGUCCAAAGUUUUGUUUGUGUCUAUAUGGCAGACUGCUCACCCUCCUGUUUUCAGAGGCAUGUCUCCGAGUUGACAAGACAGUUAUAAGUUGCAGGCAUGUGUUUAGUCAUUGCUCUGUGAAGCCCACAGAGACUUGAGAGAGCCAGCUACUUAGAGCAAUAAGCUAUUUCUCUCAUGUGACACUACAGAAAGUUGUGCCCAAUUCUAGCAAUUGCAGGGGUGGCUUCCUAAUACCCAAUACUGUGGGAUUGGCAUCUUCCUGGCUGUCCUGUUGCCCAUGAACCCUAAGAACAAUUCAUCUCUGAGACGGCAUUUGUCAGAUGCCCUUUCUUCUUGGAAGCUGCUUCAGUUGCCCCUUUCUUCAAGGGCACCUUAGCCUCAAAGGAGAGCUCCCUGAAGGGCUCAUGAAAGGGAAAGCCUUUUGCUAUCAAUCAUGAUGGGGCCAGGGCAGGCCCAAAAGAAACUUCUCUGAUGGUCCCUCUUCCUCCCCGGGUCCUUUUCCAUAGAUAGCACCUUAGCUGACGAGGACUGGAUGCUGGAUGUCACCAGAGUUGUACAUGUUGCAGCCCUACAACCAAUCAUUAUUUUUACUCUCUAGCCAGCGAUAUACUGGCAAACGCCUUAGGACUAGCCAAACCCCCAACUGCUUUUCUCCUCCCUGAUCUUUAAUGCCACAUUACAGUCUAAGGAGGAUAAUCUAUUUUAUUGUGCUUUUUUUGUAUCUGUUUUAAAUAAAUCCACAUGUACUGUAUAUAUGUAUUUGGGGUGAGAGCCUUUUUCCUGUUUUUAUGAUUUAAUAUUGCUGUAAACGCAGGCUGUAUUUUUAUUGUUAAGCUCUUCAAAUUUGCUCCAUUUAACUUGGCUAUAAAUGGCAUACACACACACACACACAUAUAUAUGUAUGUGCACUCAUACACACAUGUACCUAAUUAUAUGCCAAUAGUUUUUCUUGCUAUCUCUGUUGUUUACUUUGUGGAGCAAAUUCUACCCAGAAGGUAAGGACUGGAACGCCAACUAUAACUCAGCAUCAUUUUGACAAUUUAACGUGACUGUUAGUAACAUUUGCAGUAGAUUCAUUCAUGGAGUACAGGGUGCUGCACAGGGACAGAUCAUGAACUCUCCUUCCCUAAUUUUUCAUUGUUUCCCCCAUAUUGGUAAUAACAGCUGGUCUUCAAAUGUGACAUAUGGAUGCCAAAGACAUUCACUGGUUAUUGCUGUCUUCUGAUUAUACAGUCUGUGUUCAGUGUGAAAAAGGAAGAUUGGUGCCGAUAUGGUCAAAAUGGACAGAAGCAGCUCAUCAAAACCUAUGCAGUUCUCUAAGCUUGCUUUUCUGUUAGCAAGUAAUAUGUUCUGACAGCACUUAGGAUUGUCCCCAAACAACAGAGUUUUUAAACAACAUUCUUAAAAGUUUGCAUAUUUCUGUGACGGCCUAAUAAAGACAUUGCUGUAA